AUGUCGUCGUGCGACAGCUUUAUCUUUGAUCUCGCCGAUGUCUUUCCAUGGACUUCGCCGCCCGGGGCCAUCAUACCUAUGGACACGAUACGACGGAUGAUGCACAGCACGUCGUUCUUGGACUACGAACGGGAUCGUCUCGGCGAAGACGAGCUGUACAUCCUGCUCAGCUCGCAGUUCUCACUUCCAGUGUCGCACAUUGCCGACCAGUUCCGCUCUGCACGAUCUGUUCGUCGGGCGAGCGGACCCAUCAUCGCGCGUGUCCGCCACCUGAAGAGGAUCGCCCCAGGGUCGCGGGUGUACGGCGUUUGGAACAUCUCCACUCCCGACUGGGACAUGUUCCUCAGCACUUGCCCCUCCGACAUCUUGGCCGAGUUCGACCAGGUUCUCACGUCUUCCCACGCAGGCCAGCGCACGUCGAGCCCCACAUUCUACCGCCGCCUCGCUGAAUUGACGGGUCAAGACGUUGCCCGGAGCGCAUUCAUCAGCACCGAGGUUGAACAUCUCAUUGCCGCCACGACUAUCGGCAUGACCGGAGUACACUACAGGCUCAACGAGGUCGCGGAGCUCAGGCGGACCCUCCAUAUGCUGGCGCGCGAUACGGUCACCGAUGGGGAACAGUGGCUCUCUGAUCAGGCCGGGCGAAUGUGGUCUACGACCGACACUGGAGUCGAAAUCAAGGAAGUCUUCGAACAGCUUCUCCUGCUGGAAAUUAUUGGAAUGCCGCAUCUGGUCAACCUGCCGCAGCCGGCGCGCAGGAUGCAAUUCUUCACAGGAUCACCCGUGCUGACGACGGUGGAAUACCCCGCCGACAUCGACACGACGUCGAUCGCAUGCACGGUGAUGAGCGACCGCUUUUCGGAGGAUAUGAAGAAAGACAUCAUGGACGACAUCCUCGCCUUGCGAAACGAAGACGGCAUCACUCUCAUGUACUACGACCCUUCCCGCCCUCGCAUCGACCACGUCGUGUGCCUGAACGUCCUCACAUUCUUCCACACCAACAGCCGUAUCCACGAGCUUCCCGAAAUGCUCGACUGGGUCUUCGCCAUCCUGAAGACCCGCGCCUAUGUCUGGGGCACACGCUACUAUCUCGGCGCCGAUGCAUUCCUUUACUUUCUCUCCCGUCUGCUUGCUGUCCCCUCCCCGCUGCCCAGCCGUGUAUUAGACCUUCCCGUGCUGUUUAAAGAGCGAGUCGCGGAGCGCUUAGGGGAACCAGGGGACGCGUCCGCGUUGUCUAUGCGCCUCCUCGCUGCAGCUGCGGCCGGCCUACAGGACCGCCGCGGCUAUGACCGGCUCCUUACGAUGCAAGAUGAGGACGGGGCGUGGCCGACGGGGUGGAUGUACAAGUACGGCCUAAGCGACAUCUUGAUAGGCAAUAAGGGUCUGACGACUGCUAUGGCCGUCGCUGCGAUCCGAAGGUUCAGAGAGCUGGAGGUGCCAGAGCGCUGA